CUCAUGAAGGCCGAACCCGAGACGCGGUACGAGAAGGGCAAGGAUAUCUCAUUCUCCAUUGAUGACCUCGCGGCUAGGACGGAGCCUGAACCUUGGGAUGGCAUCAGAAAUUACGUGGCGCGCAACAACCUGAGAGCGAUGAAGAAGGGCGACCUUGCUUUCUUUUCACAUUCUAACUGCAAAGAGCCGGGUAUCGUUGGGACCAUGGAGAUCGUGCAGGAGCAUUCCCCAGACCUAUCUGCACAAAACCCCAAGAACCCCUACUACGAUCCCAAGUCUUCACCCUCCGACCCGAGGUGGAGCGUAGUGCACGUUAAGUUCGGCGCUAAAUUCCGCGAGCCCAUCAAAUUGAAGGAGAUGCGCGAGCUGGGUAAGCCGGGUGGGCCGCUGGAGAAUAUGCAGAUGCUCAAGCAGUCACGGCUGAGUGUGAGCAGAGUGAGCGAGGAGGAGUGGAACUUCCUUGUGGCUCUGGCCGAGGAGAGA